CCGCAGAUCAUUUUAAUGCUCAACCUUUCAACAUCACCUCAUAUCGCCUUGCAUGAAUUCAAGUAAACCUUGGCUGUUAGGUACCUAUGUAUGUACAGUAUAUGCAGAAGGUGAAAGACUGCCUUAGGGUGGCAAUGUUGAGACUAUAAUGGCUAAAAGCAGUAUAUAAGAGACGUGAAACAUCGCAAUCCCCUCCCACACAAACUAUCUACCUACAUAGAAGAUAGUAACCGGUAUCAUUCACCAAACAAGAACACAAUUUACUAUAGUAAUAUCGCCCAACAUGACUUCACUUGCAAACAAGAUCAAAGAGGCAAUACCCCGAAAUGAUGAGCUGUUAGCCACACUAUCUGAAACAGAUCACGCACUGCCGUCACUAGAACAGCAGAGACGAUACGUCGAUGAUCUCAACAGCCAACUGUCCACUAUCCAGAGACGCAUCUCCGUACUGGAUAAACAACGAGUUAAAGAGUUCAAAGAGCACAAGAAAUAUCGUGACUCCGUUAUGAAACGCUUUGCCUACCGAGUUAGUGGCAAGACAGACGAGUUCCGGGCCAAAGCUGAAAAGGAAGAGAGAGAGUAUUUUUCAGUUUUGCAGGAGGAAAGACAAGCUAAAGAACAGGAGGAGAGCCUCAAGGCCAUGCGUUCCAAGGCUCUAGAGGUACAAACCGACCUAGAAGCUGGAGUAGCCCGUCAUAUUGAAGCCCAGGAGCAACUAGAUACCCUGUAUAAUAGCAUAUUUCAAGGACCGACACCUGCCUUCCCCGAAGAAGACUACUUGGAAGAGAACUUGGAAAGUGCUCUACAAGCCUACCGUAAUUCACGGCUCAAGAUGGAAACAGAAGUGCAAACAGGACAUCUCCUAAUAGAUGCCCAAACCCGACUAUAUAAGGCUCUUAGUUACACCGAGGAAGCAUUGAGUCACAGCCGAAUGGAUAUGUUUGGCGGAGGAACAUUCAACGACAUGAUGGAGCGCAACGCAUUAGAUAAGGCUGACAGCCAAAUCAGCCAGGUCAUGCUACUUGUACGCCAGGCACAACGAAUGUCACCGAUGGUACAGGAUCUUCCACCUAUUAACAUCGCGACCGGCAAUCUGAUGGGCGAUGUCUUCUUUGACAACAUUUUUAGCGACAUGGCUUUCCAUGAAAAGAUCAAGGAUUCUUUGUCGAGCCUCCAGCGUGCCGGCGCAAGUCUGCGCGACCAGAUCGCUCUAGCCAAAUCAAGGUACCAGGAUGCCGAGGAAGAGAUGAACAUAAACGAAGUGGCCCUACAAUCAGCAAGGGAAGAGCUUCAAAGAGCAAGAGCGCUUAUAUUUGAACGCAUAGACAAUCCUAGUGCAAGCGGACUAGUCAUUACGAUAGAUCCUCCACCAUAUUGAAGAGUAUUGUCAUGCCUUUAAAGGGGCUUCACAUCUAACACAAUUUUGCCCACAACGGCACAAUAUGACAAGACUUGGAAAACCUAGACCUAUUGAAUCACUCGGAUCCUAUGGUCGAUCCGUAAUUAAUUUAUUACACCCAUCUUGUUAAUUGUACAAAUAUGCGUUUCGACAUGGUCCCAACUAAGGACUAGCUACCCAAGUACACAACUUAUCAAGUCAUCAGGAGCUCAUGAAGAUACGAGCUAAACCGGGGCAGUGAUAUGAGAGCUAAAAUUGGCAACUGAUAAGUAGAACGCUACAACGCUAGCUUCGAACGAUAGACGGUACCACUAUUGGGUGCUAAAACAAGAACACCAUUCCGGCUGCUAUUGUCCCCAUUCUAGCAGCACAGAAAUGUGCGGAAGGCUGGAGGUAGAGUAUUAUCCUUCUUCACA